CCCCCUCCCAGACCCGCCGAGGCCGCCGCCGCAAGAGCAGCUGUCGCAGCCCCUUCCCGCUGCCCUUGCCCUCCUCCCGCCGCCGCCAUCCCGCCCGCCCGCCCCGGCUCUCUCCUCUUCCCCUCCCCCCGUCCCGCUCCCUCCGCCCGCCCCGGAGACCCGCGCACCGCCCGCCCUCCCUCCUCCCGCUCCCCCCGUCCCAUCCCCUUCCCCCCUGCCCGAGAGAGUGAGCGAACGCGCGCGCGGCCGGGCCCAGCCACCCCCGCCAGUUCGGUUUCCCCCCAGUGACCAAAGAUUUGACCACUGACUAAGCCUGACUUAACUGAACACAGCUCAAGAUGGAUACCGGUGUUAUCGAAGGAGGUUUAAAUGUCACACUUACCAUUCGCCUACUUAUGCAUGGGAAGGAGGUUGGAAGCAUUAUUGGGAAGAAAGGAGAAUCUGUAAAGAAGAUGCGUGAAGAGAGUGGUGCUCGCAUUAACAUCUCAGAAGGGAACUGCCCAGAACGGAUUAUCACUCUUGCUGGACCCACCAAUGCCAUCUUCAAAGCAUUUGCUAUGAUCAUUGACAAACUGGAAGAGGAUAUCAGCAGCUCAAUGACUAACAGCACGGCCUCUAGCAGGCCACCCGUUACCCUGAGACUUGUGGUCCCUGCCAGUCAAUGUGGUUCUCUCAUUGGCAAAGGAGGCUGUAAGAUCAAGGAGAUCAGAGAGAGCACAGGAGCACAGGUCCAGGUGGCAGGAGACAUGUUGCCCAACUCUACUGAGAGAGCAAUUACCAUUGCUGGGAUUCCACAGUCCAUCAUUGAAUGCGUCAAACAGAUCUGUGUGGUCAUGCUGGAGUCUCCCCCUAAAGGUGUCACCAUCCCCUACCGGCCCAAGCCAUCCAGUUCUCCUGUCAUCUUUGCAGGCGGUCAGGACAGGUACAGCAGCGGCAGUGCAAGCUACCCCCACACCGCCCCAUCAAUGUGCCUCAACUCUGACCUGGAGGGACCACCUCAAGAGGCCUAUACCAUUCAAGGACAGUAUGCCAUUCCACAGCCAGAUCUGACCAAGCUGCACCAGUUGGCAAUGCAACAGUCACACUUUCCAAUGUCUCAUGGCAACACUGGAUUCAGUGGCGUUGAAUCCAGCUCUCCAGAUGGGAAAAGCUAUUGGGCAGGUUUGGAUGCAUCAGCUCAGACUACGUCUCAUGAACUCACCAUUCCAAAUGAUCUGAUUGGCUGUAUCAUUGGGCGUCAGGGCGCCAAGAUCAAUGAGAUUCGCCAGAUGUCUGGGGCGCAGAUCAAAAUUGCCAAUCCAGUGGAAGGCUCUACUGACCGGCAGGUUACCAUAACUGGAUCUGCAGCCAGCAUUAGCCUGGCUCAAUAUCUAAUUAAUGUCAGUUUAGAAAGCGCUAAACCCUCCUCCCAGGCAGCCUCCGUCACGAUCCCCGACCACCUCAGCAUCAACCUCUCUCAACCCUCCACCCCUUCUUCUUCUUCCUCCUCCACCACCACCCCCUCGCUUGCGACAGCAGGGGUCUCCGACGCACCCUCCAGCCUCCCCAACCCUCUUCCGACCGCCCCCUGUGUCUCCAGUCUGCUUGGCAUGAAACCCGUCCCUCUCCUGGCUCUAAAUGUUGUGUCUGCUGCUAAGGGUGCCUCCACCACCUCAGCUGUGCCAUGUGUUACUAACAAACUGAAAACGGAAAAACAGAGAUUCUCUCCCUACUGAGUGUCUGCUUGUGGCCUUAGAGGAACAGCAGAUUGUUGGCAGCAAUGGGGAUCCCGUAGAGGAGACUUGGAAGAGAUUUUUUUUUUUUAACUUCGAAACAAAAAGUGAGCUUGUGAUUCCUUUAGGAUGGAGUUUUCUUUUCGAUGGCGACCUCUGCUAGGUCAAAGACAAUUUGAGCCAAGUGUAUUAACCAGUUUUGGAGUCCAGUAGUGAUCUUGAUUAUGUAGCUUGUAGCUGUUGCUUUUUAGUAGCUUUGUUUGCAUUGUUACAUGGGAUAGGGGAGGGUGGGGAAUGCUAGGGUCUGUUAACAAAAUAUUCACUUGCAAUUUCUUGGUUGAAGCUGUGCAAAAAGAGGCUACUUUGGCCAAAUCUGUUUCAAUGUCUGUCCUUGUAAUAAAGCUAUCAUGAUGAGAAAGUGCACAGAUGUGCCUGAUUUGGGACCGAUUGAUGACCACAUGCUGACUGAAUUGUCACACAGCACCCCCAGGCUAAAGUUUCCCCCAAUUAUUUUUUUCAAAGAAACUGUGUCCUGGAAUAUAAUUAAGUAUAUUCGCUUAACCCUCUUAAUGGUGUUCCUGAUACACAGUUCUGAAUAUGUGAACCACUGCAGCACAUUCUUUUUUUUUUAAGGCUUUGCAUUUUGAAAUAUUCUAAAAGGGUGUCUUCUAGUACAAGAGUCAAAAGCCUUGAUUGUACACACACUGCUGAUUGUCCUUGCGAGUGUUAACCCCAUUUAUCUUAAUAUAAUUCACCUGCUUUGCUGAUAGGGGCUUGAUGUAUUUUUUGUACAUGCAACCUUCUCUUUGGGACUGGCAGAUCUUUGAAAAGCCUUUCUUCAUGCACGGAUCUGCAUGAGUCAUUCAAGGGGGUGCACAUGGCAUAUUUCUCACACAUUGCAGUGAGAAGCUCUCCCAAUGCAUUGGCUGCUUUCUGUUCUGUAAGACAGAAAACCCAGAGUUCAGAUAGUGCAGGAAGUUUAGUAUCUUAGAGUUGAAGUUCAAAAGCUUCUGCCUAUCUGGAGGCAGUAUUGGCCUCUAGUCAUAACAGAUGCUUCUUGAAGCAUAUAAUUUGUUCUGAGAGACAAGUGUGAUCUAUGGGGGCUGGACAAUUGGCUUUGCUUGUCCCAGUCAUUCUGCUUGCUUUUUCAAGCCAGCCACCUGCCUCUCUAUCCUCUGUUAAGGGCUCAUUUGAAGAU